AUGCCGACGUGCCCCUUGAUGGCCACGGUGGCGCUGCAAAAGUCGGUCGACCGGGAUCGCGAGCGCCGCUGCCUGGAUCUGCUCCUGGAGGUGCGGCGCCCACCUCGGUGCCGAGAGCUGGAGCGGUGCCAGGAGUACCGAGUUGACGCUCGGGACGUAGACUGGCGUCGGGAGCCCGACCGGUGCCGAGAGCGUAUCGGUGCCGGGCGAUCCACCUUCUGCGCAGGAUCUGACUGCGGGGCAGUUGAUGGCGAGAUGAUCUGUGCCUUCGCCGCCUUUGGCUUCGGGGAGAGGGAGCGGCUCUGGGCUGGUUUCGGUGCCGGCAUCUUGGUGCACCUGGACCGGCGUCGGGAUCGGUGCCGGGAGCUGGACCGAUACCGACCGUACCGGGAAGAUGAUGAUCUUUGCGAGGUGGAGCAGCGCAGUGAGUGCCACCGGCGCCAAGAUGGUGACCGGUGCUGGGACUGCGUGCUUCGAACCAAUGAGGUUGGCACCGGGUCUCGGCACAGAGCCGAGGACAUCAGGCUAAAUGCCACUUCCAUAAGGAGCUGCUUCAAGCGAAAGAUUACCCUUCUUGCAACCAGGAGGAUUACCAUAGGCACAUGGAACGCGAGGACCAUGUACGAGUCAGGAAAGACGGUGCAGGUUGCAGCAGAGAUGAGGAGCAACAACCUGACCCUAUUAGGCAUUAGCGAGACAAGAUGGACGCAAGCGGGACAGAGACGACUGUUGACAGGAGAGCUGUUGCUGUAUUCAGGACAUGAAGAGAGCGACGCACCCCACACACAGGGAGUAGGCUUCAUGUUGUCCAAGCAGGCACAGAGAGCACUGAUUGGUUGGGAAGCACAUGGUCCCAGGAUCAUCACAGCAUCCUUCAGAACUAAAAUGAAGAAGAUUAAGAUGAAUGUUGUUCAGUGCUACGCUCCAACUAAUGACAGCGAAGAGGAGGACAAAGAUUAUUUUUACAACAGACUCCAGAAAAUAUUAGAGAUUCUCCCAGACAAAGACACCAUCAUCCUUAUGGGAGACUUCAAUGCCAAAAUUGGACCUGACAACACAGGAUAUGAACAAGUCAUGGGGACCCACGCUCUGGGAGAGAUGAGUGACAAUGGAGAGAGAUCUGUGGAUCUAUGUGCACUGAACAACCUGGUCAUAGGAGGUAGCAUCUUUCCUCACAAGCGGAUCCACAAGAGUACCUGGGUAUCACCAGCAGGCAUGACAGAAAAUCAGAUUGAUCAUGUCUGCAUUAGCAAGAAGUUCAGAAGAUCCUUGCAGGACGUUAGAGUUAGAAGAGGAGCAGACGCGGCGUCCGACCAUCACUUAGUGGUGGCCAGAUUGAAGCUGAAGCUGAAAAAGAACUGGAUAGACGCGUCAGACAGAAGAGUGAAGUACAACAUCAGCCUUCUGAAGGACCAUAAGACCAAGGAAGAUUUUGGACUGACGCUGAAGAAUAAGUUUUCAGUAUUACAGGAUCGGUCUGAGGAAGAGGAAGACAGUGUACUGAACAGAUGGCAGAAGGUGAGACACACACUUAGGUCAGUAUGCCAGGAAGUGCUUGGAAUUAAGAAACACCAGCAGAAAGAGUGGAUCACAGCAGAGACCUCGAUCAAGACAGAAGACAGAAAGAAGAAGGCAGCAGUAAAUAACAGCAGGACUAGAGCAGCAAAGGCCAAAGCUCAAAAAGAGUAUGCUGAAGCCCAUAGAGCAAUGAAGAGAAAUAUCAGGAAGGACAAGAGAGAGUAUAUGGAUGAACUGGCAGCAGAAGCGGAGCAGGCAGCAUACAGCGGUAAUAUGAAACAGCUGUAUGAUACUACCAAGCGACUGUCUGGAAAGUUCAGCAAGCCAGAACGUCCCGUUAAACACAAGCAGGGAAAGUCUAUAACAGGAAUAGAACAGAUAAACAGAUGGGCGGAGCACUUUGAGGAACUCCUGAACAGACCAGCACCACCAAAUCCACCAGAUAUCAACCCAGCCAACGAGGACCUCCCAAUUAAUUGUGAUAAGCCAACCAGAGACGAGAUCAGAAAAGCCAUCACCAUGAGGAAGAAUAGGAAGGCGGCUGGACCUGAUGACAUCCCAGCAGAGGCCCUGAAAGCAGACCUGGAUGCUUCAGUGGAAAUGCUGUACCCCCUCUUUGAGAAGAUAUGGGAAGAAGUGAUUCUGGUAGACUGGAAAGAGGGAUCUCUCAUCAAAAUCCCCAAGAAAGGAGAUCUUAGCAACUGUGCCAAUUAGAGAGGAAUCACACUCUUGUUGGUGCCAGGGAAGGUCUUCAAUCGAGUCCUCUUAGAGAGAAUGAAGGAUGCCGUCGAUCCACAGCUACGAGAUGAACAAGCAAGUUUCCGGCAGAAUAGAUCAUGCACGGACCAGAUAGCAAUGCUUCGCAUCAUAGUCGAGCAGUCUAUGGAGUGGAACUCCUCGUUGUACAUCAACUUCGUUGAUUAUGAGAAAGCGUUCGAUAGCGUGGAUCGAGAGACCCUCUGGAAGCUCCUUCGGCACUACGGCAUCCCAGCAAAGGUGGUCAACCUGAUCAAGAACUCAUAUGACGGUAUACACUGUAGAGUGAUCCAUGGAGGGCAACUUACUAACAGCUUCCAGGUGCAAACUGGAGUCAGGCAAGGAUGCUUGUUGUCACCCUUCUUUCUCCUCGUCAUCGAUUGGAUUAUGAAGACAUCCACUUACGAGCGUAGGAACGGAAUCCAGUGGACAUUGUGGACCCAGCUUGAUGACCUGGACUUUGCACUCCUUUCACACAGUAAACAGCAGAUGCAAGAGAAGACCAACGUAGUGGCAGCCACGUCAUCACAGGUUGGCCUCAACAUUCACAAGGACAAGACCAAGAUCCUUAGGAUUAACUCCAUCAGCAAUGACCCAGUCACACUGAAUGGAAGCCCCCUGGAAGAAGUGCAGUUCUUCACCUACCUAGGUAGCAUCAUCGACCAGCAGGGUGGCACAGAAGCAGACAUCAAAGUAAGGAUUGGUAAGGCAAGAGCAGCCUUCUUACAGCUCAAGAACAUCUGGAGCUCCAGAGAGCUGUCUUUGGCAAUAAAAAUUCGACUGUUCAACUCCAAUGUGAAAUCAGUCCUACUGUAUGGAGCUGAAACCUGGAGGACAACCAAAACAACCAUCAGGAAGAUCCAGACCUUCAUUAAUAGCUGCCUCAGAAGGAUUCUCCAGAUCCGCUGGCCAGACACCAUCAGUAACAUCCACCUCUUGGAGAGGACCUGUCAACUCCCAGCAGAGGAAGAAAUCAGAAGGAGAAGGUGGGGUUGGAUAGGACAUACACUACGUAAGCAGCCAACUAACAUCACCAGACAGGCACUGCGGUGGAACCCCCAAGGCAAGCGGAAAAGAGGCCAUCCAAGAAACACCUGGCGACGCGACCUUCAGGCUGAUAGCAAAAAAAUGGGCUAUACCUGGAACCAGCUAGAGCGAAUGGCCCAGGAUAGAGGACUCUGGAGAUCUGUGGUUGGCAGCCCAUACCCCGAUUGGGGUGACAGGCAUGAGUGA